ACACCUGGUUCAAUUUUAACCACACAUUUUUCUUCAGUGAUGACACCUGGUUCAAUUUUAACCACACAUUUUUCUUCAGUGAUGACACCUGGUUCAAUUUUAACCACACAUUAUGUGGAGGACUCUGGAGACUCUGGAGACAGAUCUGAAGAGGCCGGAGGAGGAAGGAGCUUGUCCUUCGAUUGACACCUCUAGUAUCAAAUGUUUCGAAAUUCUCUAAAAACCGUCAGGUAUGCAACAAGUGCAUGUGGAGAGGCCCUUCGUCUCGCCAGCAGCGAUGCAGCAGCAGAGCUGGUGCUGGUCAAGGAGGCGAAUGGGGUGCGAGAGAUAACACUGAAUCAUCCGCGCACCUUGAACUCGCUCUCGAUGGACAUGAUGAGCGCCCUACAGAACGCACUGUCAAAGGACAAGGAUGAUGUGAAACUGCGCUGUGUCGUGCUCUCGGCCAAUGGCAAAAUCUGGUCAGCCGGCCACAACCUCAAGGAGCUGCACGGAAACCCGGAGAUACAGAAAUGUGUCUUCCAGAAGCUCUCCGACAUCAUUCGCGACAUACAGCAGCUCCCCGUUCCGGUUAUAGGCAAGGUGAAUGGAUAUGCGGCUGCUGCUGGCUGUCAGCUUGUGGUUUCGUGCGACAUUGUGGUCUGCUCCAAAACCAGCAAGUUCUCCACGCCGGGCGCUGGCGUAGGCGUCUUCUGCUCGACUCCCGGUGUGGCCAUUGCCCGUGUGAUGUCGCGUCCCAAGUCGGCGUACAUGCUGAUGACCGGCCUGCCCAUCACUGGAGAAGAGGCAUACAUUUCUGGCAUGGUUUCCAGGGCGGUACCUGCGGAAGAUCUUGACCGUGAGAUCGAUGAGAUAACUAGUGCCAUCAAUGCAAAGAGUCGGGCCGUCAUUAGCCUCGGCAAGGAAUUCUACUACAAGCAGCUGGCCAUGCCCCUGAAAGAGGCCUAUCCGGCUGCGGGCCACAAAAUGGAAGAGAACCUGCAAUUGGGCGAUUGCCAAGAGGGCAUCGCUAGCUUCAUAGAGAAGCGUGCACCCCACUGGAAGCAUGAGUGAUAAAUAUAUAUUCUAAGAGGACUCUCGUAUCCAAAUGACCAAUUGUGCAUUUAUGUAGUUUUUAAUGUACACAUCAAAUAUGUUGUUGAACCACUUGUUAUGCAGAGCACUGAAUCUGUUACAGAGAGAUUAAGUUACUUUAUAUUAUAGUUGAAGUUCUUUCCCUUAAAUCCCCACAAAAGAAGCUCCUUCACAAUGAAAUAAAACGAGUUCUCGU